AUGGAUGAUCAAAGUAAUGCAUCAAUGAUAAGCCCAGAACUAGCAGACUUGUUAGAUAUCGAUAGCCCAAAGCAAAAAUACCUUCUUACGACAUGUAUUGGUGCUAAAGAAACAAAGUACGGUCGGCGAGUAUCCGGGCUAUUCGUGAAGUCUAUGUGUGUCAGAAUCGCUAAGUUAUCUAACCUCGUUGAGUGUGAACAAGUACCACAGGACAAGACCGAGAUUCCCACUCCAACCACGACAAAGCGCUACCCCCACCUCGAGGAAGUAAGUAAAGAAAUCCUACCGUUAGACCAGGAAGCCAAGAUCGGUAUUAUCAUUGGCCGAAAUGCCCCAGAGUUGUUGAAAGUCAGGGCUUUCAAAAAUGGUCCCAAAGCUGCACCUUGA